UCAUUUUUCUCUCUUUUUUAUUCUUCUUCAUCUACAUCUCGUGAAUUAAUGUCUGAAUUCCAUUCUUUAGCCAACCUCAUUAAGCGCCUUGAGGUAGCCACUACGCGUUUAGAGGAUUUAGCCAUGUCCUCUUCUUCUGCUUCUGCAGUAGCCGCUUCAAGCACCUGUCCAUCUCCACCCAAAUCCGUUACUUCUAGUUCUUUAGAAACACCUGCUAUUGUAGAAAAACACGACGCUGCUGUUAAUGAGCACCUUGAAAAAUUCUAUGCUUUGUCUCAGGAAUUAGGUGAACCUAUUGCUUCUCAAGCUCUUUUGGUGAAACAAGCAGUUCAAGCCGAAAGAGAUAUUGUAUAUAUCUCUACAUUAGCUCAAAAGCCUGAUAUGGGUUCUGCUACUUUCAUGAAGUUAUUAGAACCUAUCCAAAAGGCUUUGGCUGGUAUCGUCGAGAUCAAGGAUGCUAACCGUCCUAACCCUUUCUUUAACAAUUUAAGUGUUGUUGCUGAGGGUAUCCCCGCUUUGGGUUGGUUCACUUGUGAACCCACACCCGUCCCUUUCAUUCGCGACAUGAAAGACUCCGCUCAAUUCUAUGGCAACCGUGUUGUCAAGGAAUGGAAAGAAAAGGAACCCAAGCACGUCGAAUGGUCUAGAGCUUUCAGUGCCUUUAUCGAAAGUUUAGCUGUUUUCGUCAAGGAAAACUAUCCUACAGGUUUGACUUGGAAUGCACAAGGUGAAAAGCCCGAAUCAUUCAUUGGAAAGUCACCUUCUUCUGGUGCUUCAGCUUCUGGUGCACCUUCUGCACCACCUGCACCUGGCGCUGGUGGACCUCCCCCACCACCUCCACCCCCACCCCCACCCAUGGUCAUGGAUGACUUGAAGCCCGCUCAACAAGCAUCCGGUGCUUCCGCCGUCUUUGCCGAGAUCAAUAAGGGAACCAGUGUUACUGCCAACUUGCGUAAAGUUGAUAAGAGUGAGAUGACACAUAAAAAUCCCACACUUCGUGCUGGAUCCAUUGUGGCUGCCGCACCUGGAUCACCUAAGCGCCAAGGACCACCUACACCCAACAAACCCGAUAAAUACACUUUAAAGAAGGCUGCCAAGACUUCUUUGGAGGCCAACAAAUGGGUUGUUGAAAACCAUGAGGGAAAUCACAAUGUGGUAAUUGAAGAGACAGCAAUCAACCAAGCUGUCUAUAUCUAUAACUGUAAGAACUCGACAAUUCGUAUCAAGGGUAAGGUAAAUGCGGUGACUAUGGAUUCUUGUAUCAAGUGUGGUAUUGCUGUGGAUUCAACUGUGUCUACUGUGGAUAUUGUCAACAGUAAAUCGUUUGCACUCCAAGUUUUCAAGGUUGUGCCUACCAUCGCUGUAGAUAAAUGUGAUAGUGGUGAGAUUUAUUUAUCCAAGGAAUGUUUGGGUGUUGAGAUUCUAUCUGCCAAGUCCACUUCAUUGAACGUCUUGAUGCCUGAAGAUGUCGAGGCAGAAGACAGUGAAUAUAAGGAAGUGCCUGUACCUGAACAAUUCAAGACUACUAUUGUGAAUGGCAAACUUGUCACUAUCACCGUUGAACAUGCAGGAUAAACCCAAAAUAAAUAAAUCCACCUUUUUCUUUUUAAACCUCA